AAAAGAAGGGAGGAGGAAAGCAAAGCAGGUUGUGUCCUUUUGUAAGAGAAAUUGAUUGUCUUGUCUUCCGUCUCUACCUUCCAAUCUCACCCGAUAUUUUCGGAGAAUCAACUUCCAAUUUGCCUCUGAUUCGAUCCUCGAAUCAAUAAUCAAUCACCUGGAGCCAAUCUCCAAGCUCAUGAUCUCCAAUUACUUGUGAUGGCUUGCAAAGAAGAUACUAAUGCUGCAGCAGCACAAGAUGAAGAAGCCACUGAGAUAUGUAAGAGUGAAUUGGAAUCUCGUCGGUUUCAGGUAGAUAGUUUAGAAGCUGAGCUUUUGGAUGUCAAGAGGGCUGCUUACCUUGACUUUGGCUCAGAAGAAGACGCCAGGAAGGAGUUAGGUCUUCUUUCUGGUAGGGUGAGAGCGACUGCAGUAAUGUUGCGCUAUUUGAGAUCAAAAGCUAGACUCUUGGCCAUUCCUGAUCAUCUACCUCAAGUUGAACUGAAAGGACUAGACUUUCUUGGUUCUUCGUCUUCUUGUGAAGAGGAUGGAGCUUAUACUAGCGAGAUGCUCCAGUCCAUAGAGAUGGUCACUGGUGUGCUGGAGUCUCUCGUUGGGAGAGUUACAGCAGCAGAGUCCGAGACGGCUGUUCAGAAGGAGAUGGCACUUUUGGGAGAGGAGGAACUUAGUAGGAAGACGGUCCAGAUCGAGAAUCUGUCUUUGAAAUUACAGGAGAUGGAGAGGUUUGCUCACGGGACUAACGGUGUUCUGAGCGAAAUGAGGGAAAGGAUCGAGGAACUAGUUGAAGAGACGAUGAGACAGAGGGAAAAAGCUGUUGAAAAUGAAGAGGAGCUUUGUCGUGUGAAGCGAGAGUUCGAGUCUCUUAAAAGCUAUGUCAGUACUUUUACCAGCGUUAGAGAAACACUUCUUUCUUCCGAGAGACAAUUCAAAACCAUCGAAGAGCUCUUUGAACGGUUGGUGACUAAGACGACACAACUAGAGGGGGAGAAGGCGCAAAAGGAGGUUGAAGUUCAGAAACUGAUGGAAGAGAAUGUGAAGCUGACGGCACUUCUUGACAAGAAAGAAGCUCAGCUUCUAGCUUUGAAUGAACAAUGCAAAGUCAUGGCUUUAAGUGCAUCAGACAUCUGAAACAAUUGGCUUAUAUCUUGUCCAGCGUUGUUUUUUUUUUGGCUCUUCAGAUUGUUGCAAAGCUUCUUAACUCUAAUGGUCUUUGUUUCAGAGAGGACAUUCUUGUGACUCUUUUAUCUGUAAAUUUAUUAAGGCUUGUGCAAAAGCAAAGAUAAUACCCCCAAAGGUUGAACUUUCUUUGGCU